UGACAUCACUAGUUCAUGCUUAUGUGUGUUAUCCGACCGUUGUUUGUGUUAUCUAUCAUGUUUUUAUCAAAAAGUGAUGUUUGUGAAGUUGUUUGAAAGUAAAUCAGCCUCUAUUUAGUGAAUGGUACAUCUGAAUGUCAAAAAGGAAAAAAUGUCCCGCCAUGAGAAAGCGAAAAGCGGCUUUCUGGACACAUGGUUCGGGCGGCCCAAGAAGGCGGGCGCGGGGCUCGAUCGCGGCUACGACACAGUGCCAAGGGCGGAGCCCCGCGCGGAGGACGACGAGCCCGCCGCGGAGUAUACCAACAAGAUAGACGCGUUGGAUGAUGACCAGCUCGAGAGGAGAUUUGAAGAGAUGCUCACUGAUAUGAAUAUCGGUGAAAAGAAGAAGGAACCAUUAAGAAAAUAUUCCAGGGAUCAGAAGAAGAAGAUGCUGGUAGCUUACAAAUUCGUCAACGCACAGGAAGGUCGAUCGAAAUUCGAGAAGCCCUCCGAUUACGUGUCAUAUCUAAAUCAACCUGAAUUGUCGGUGGGGAAGUUGCACAGCUGCUUGGAGAACCUCAGGAUAGCGUUGACAAACAAUCCCCUGUCAUGGAUCGAGGACUUCGGCACGAAGGGCAUUGAAAGUCUCCUGACCACGCUCAAUGUCUGUUAUACCAAUGAUUCCCGUUAUGAUCGCGUCCAGUAUGAAUGCAUUCGGUGUCUCUCAGCGAUACUAAACAACACAGUCGGUAUUCGCGCGGUGUUUGAGUGUAGAGAAGCGCUUCCAGUUCUGGCUAGGAGUCUGGACGCUAGGAAACCUCAUUGCGCGUUGGAAGCAGCUAAGGUCCUCGCUGCGAUAUGUCUCAUACCGAACGGUCACGAAAAGGUCCUAGAAGCCAUCACGAUGGCGGGAGAGUCGAGCCGGAAGCCAAGGUUGCUGCCAAUCAUAGAGGGUUUGGUGGCUAAGGCACCCGAGAGCUUGAAGAAUGGUUGCAUGCAACUUAUGAACGCGAUUAUCACUGAACCAGAGGAGUUAGAAUUCAGGAUGCAUUUACGGAGCGAGUUUAUGAGAACUGGACUCUAUGAUCUGAUAGAUGAGCUCCGUGCGGGUGCAGAGGAGGGGGGCGGGCGGCUCAUACAGAUGAACGUGUUCGACACGCAUGCCGCUGCGGACCAGGAGGAGUUCCUGGCCAAGUUCGAUGAUGUCCGAGUGGACUUCCACGACGUGAACGAAUGUUUCGAGCUGGUCAAGAAUUUAGUCGUAGAGACGCCAGCGGAGCCCUAUCUGCUGUCAAUACUGCAACACUUGUUGUUUAUAAGGGAUGACGAAUUAAUAAGGCCAGCAUAUUACAAAUUGAUAGAGGAAUGUAUAACUCAAAUUGUCCUGCACAAGAACGGCUACGACCCAGACUUCAGACAUACACAGCGGUUCAAUAUUGAUGUUCAACCGCUGAUCGACGGGUUGAUAGAGAAGUCCCGCGCGGAGGAGGAGCGCAAGGUGGAGGAGCUGAAGGGCAAGCUGGAGGCCGCCAUCGCCGCGCGCCAGGAGGCCGAGGCGCGCGCCGCGUCGCUGGAGGAGCGCCUGCAGCACGCGCCCGCCGCGCACCACGCCGGCGUCGCCGCCAUCGCCAAGGCGAUUGGAAGCCCUGGAGGACCACCCCCACCACCACCGCCUCCUAUGCCUGGAGGUCCCGCCCCGCCACCCCCGCCUCCCAUGCCUUCAGGUCCAGGUAUGGGUCCACCUCCACCACCGCCUCCCCCGUUCCCGGGCGCCGCGGGUGCUCCGCCGCCGCCCCCGAUGCCCGGUGGAGCGCCCCCACCGCCACCGAUGAUGGGCGGGCCUAGGCCGCCACCACCACCUGGCAUGGGGCCCGUCAUGCCUAGAAUGCCCCAACCAGAUAUCUUACCUUAUGGACUGAAACCUAAAAAGAAGUACGAGGUGGAAGGGCCUCUGAAACGUGCCAAUUGGAAGACGAUCGUCCCGCAGAAGAUGUCCGAAAAGGCUUUCUGGGUUAAGGUACAAGAAGACAAACUCGCAUCGCCGGAUAUACUCAGCGGUUUGGCGCAGAAGUUCUCGAGUAAACCAGUCGCUAAGAAGAAUGAAGAUUCCGUCGACAAAGUCCACACGCUGAAAAAAGUGAAAGAUUUAAAGGUUCUAGACAGCAAAGCUGCGCAGAAUCUGUCUAUUCUACUCGGGGGUUCCCUGAAACACAUGUCGUAUGAGCAUAUAAGGACGUGCGUGCUUCGCUGUGACACGACGGUGCUCACCGCUGACGUGCUGGACCUGCUCAUACAGUACCUCCCACCAGCGGAUCAGCUCAAGAAACUUGCAGAUUUGAAAUGCAAAAGCGAGGAACUGACGGAGGCAGAGCUGUUCUCGGCGACGGUGGCGGACAUCAAGAGGCUGGUCCCGAGGUUGAGGAGUUUGGCCUUCAGGGAACAUUACAGCGAGAUUAUAUCUGAGCUCAAACCUGACAUUGUAUCCGGCACUGCGGCGUGUGAAGAAGUGAAGUCGAGUGGUAAAUUCGCGAAGAUUCUUGAAUUGUUACUGUUACUAGGAAACUAUAUGAACACAGGGUCAAAUAACGCAGGCGCUUACGGCUUCGAAAUAAGUUUUCUUACUAAGUUGACGUCAACAAAAGAUUUAGAGAACAAGCAGACGUUGCUUCAUUAUUUAGUUGAUACAAUAGAAAAUAAAUUCCCGGACGCGCUCAGUUUCGCUGAAGAAAUGCCUCAUAUUGAUAGGGCAGCUCGUGUCUCAAUGGAGAAUCUCCAGAAAGCAUUGAAGAAGAUGGACAACGACAUCAGAGCUCUCGAAACAGAUUUGAACAACAGCCGGGUGCCGCAGACCCCGGACGACCUCUUCACCGAAACUAUGAGCAAUUUCGCAAAAGAGGCCCGCGAGCAAUGCGAUGUAUUGCAUUCUAUGUUCAAGAAGAUGGAGGCGCUGUACGUUGAACUAGCGGAGUACUACGUUUUUGAUCCUCAAAAAUACACUUUGGAGGAAUUUUUCUCCGAUAUCAAGACGUUCAAGGACUCGUUUGCGAGCGCGCACCAGGAGAACGUGGUGUCGCGCGAGAGCUGCGAGCGCGCGCGGCGGGCGCGGGAGGCGCGCGCGGCGGCCGAGCGCGAGCGCCGCGACCGCCAGCACCGCUACAAGCAGUUCGUGGACAUGGAGCAGGCGCAGGACGGCGUCAUGGACAGUUUAAUGGAGGCGCUACAGAGCGGGUCUGCGUUUAGUCGAGAACGGCCGAGGAAGAAGGCCAACCCCAGGGUGGCGGGAGCUGAACGAAGAGCACAGUUGAACAGAUCUCGUUCGAGAUCAGCGCUGACGGGUCCGCUGACGACUCGGGAAUUAACGAAUGAGUUGCUGAGUAACGCGUGAUAGCUUUAACAGUGAUACUAGUACUGUAAUGUAUAGUUUAUAAGAUUUUUAUAUACGAAUGAACAUAAAUCGGCCUACUUCAUGUAUAAAAAUUUAGUACCUAAGGGCGUUUUCAUACGAAGUUUUAUAAUACAUUUCUGAUAGUUUAUAUUGAACUAAGUGAAGUCUGUAGCAUAUAUAUAUAUAUAUACAUAUAUAUAUGUAUAUAUUAGUAAGUUUCGAUCAAUCUCUAUAUACCUAUUUACUUGUCUGGGUGUGUUUUAUGGAAAAACAUUGAAAUGAUGAAUUCAGUUUUAAUACAACGCUCUUAAGAAUCAAAGUAUCGUUCGAUAACUCACGAAGUUUUUAUCACGUUAUAAUUAACUUCAAGCUAAUCGAAGCUCAAUAUAAUUGAUAAUAAGAUUCAAUUUUGCUCAAAUGAAUCGUUGAUUUCUUUGUCAUCACACAAUGCAUGAAAUUAUAACGUGGAAUGUAAGACAAGCUCAAUUAUAAAACGGCGUAUGUUAAUAAUAAAAACAACGAAAAAUAAACUUAAUAACAAAUGUAUUAAAUAUUACUUACAGCUCUCCUGUUUAUAAAGUUAUAACUAAAUAUCUGAUUUAGUUAGAUAGAGGAGUAAAGAUAAACAAACUUUGAUCUUGAAAUGAAACGAUGUCAUUGGUCGAAAUCUAAAUAGUAUGUGAUAAUUAUUAUGGAUUCGUGGAAAUACAAUGUGAUAGUUUGUUGUUAUCGGAACUUUGGAAGUUAAAUUAAAGUUGUUGGAAUAGUAUUGUUAUUAUUCGACUAGCCGGUUGGCGUGGUUGGUAGGUUGGGUUCGAUUCCCACCCAGGACAGACAUUUGUGUGCAUGAACAUGUCUGUUUGUCCUGAGUCUCGGUGUAAUUAUCUAUAUAAGUAUGUAUUUACAAAAGAAAAGUAGUAUAUGUAGUAUAUCAGUUGUCUGGUUUCCAUAGCACAAGCUUUGUACGAGCUUAAUUUGGGAUCAGAUGGCCGUGUGUGAAAAAUGUCCCAGGAUAUUAUUAUUAUUAUUAAUCAAGAACUGUUUGUAGUGCAUAAUAUAACAGAGCUAUUCGCGAAUCGUUUGGUCCAUGUAAAUAUAAUAUUUGUUAAUCUUUACUCCUCAUAAUAUUGGAAUACAUAUCGGCGAUUAUACACAUAUAUAAACAUUUUUUUUUUUAAUUAUUAUUAGAUUUUUUAAUAUCAUAAACAUUUGUCCGUCGCAGGUACUUCACAUUCCUCGUUUAUAUUGUCAACUAUUUUAUUUUCAUUGUUAAUUUUUACCGCCCGCAAGUAAGAGGGGGUAGGUUCAGGUAGGGAUGGGAUCAGUUGACUUGGUUGAGCAGUUAGACGUGAAAGGGACAACAGACAAAAGAUUAAACUUUUAUUCUGAACUUUUGGAAUGUUCUUGCAGUUAUUGUUUGUGUUUAAAAAAUGUCUCUCAGUUCAUUGUGCUUUUUGGUAUCUCCUCUAACCGAAACCCUUCUAGAAUUUGGACUGGCUGCUAAUUUUAUCUCAUACUCCCAUCUCUUACUUUGGUUAGGUUAUAUAAUAUCAGUUAGGAUGUUUUAAAUAUUUGAAAACGAGACAGACUAUAUUUCUUGAAACUUUAGGGCUAUUUUUGUAAGAACAAUCUCGAAUCUCACCGCGGAAAACGGUCAUGUAAUGUCAGUAAGUGAUAUGCGACAUUGAUCAUAAUAAUUAUAACAUUUCAAGAAUACACGCAUCAAUAUAGUAUAUAACCAUAAAUCGGUUGUCAACAUAUCACAUGUGUGUAAUGAAGUGAGUUCUUAAAGAAUAGCACUGUAGGAGACCAAUUCUGCUUAUUUAUAACGGAACGAUUACGGUACGGUUACGAUACUUUUCCGAUUCUAUUCCGAAAAAUUAGGAAAACGGUUAAACGGCGAUUUACAUAUCGAUUCGAUUGUUAUAAAUUGACAAUUUAUUAUUAGAAUGGCAACCCCCGUCUCUUUAAUAGAUUAAAUAAAGAAAAAUAAAGUUUUGUUUAAAUUAGAAAUAUAUUGUCUUCCAUUUAAAAAAAAAUAUGUUGAAUUUAAUGUUUCGUUGUCUUUGACGUCAUGUUUUGUUUUAAUGAUUUGUUAAAAAACUUCGUGUUGAAACACCCUAUUAAAAAAAAAUCCGUCUUUUAUUAAAAGCACUUGUAUAGUAAAGCUUAUUUGUCCAUAGAGCGGUUUUUGCUUCUUUUUAUAUUAAAAGGUGUUAUUUUACAAUAUAAUUAUUGAAAACUAUUUAUUAUUAAAUUCGAACUACUCACAACAGUACUUAUAAGUAAUUAUUCAAUUUAAUGAAAUUCCUUUUUACGUACAAAAUAUGAAAUAGUUUUUUUUUUUUUUUUUCAAAAAAGCGCAAUGAUAGCGUUUCAGUCGUUUUUUAAUGUCAAAAUUUCAUCCACAAAUUAUAAAUAUAAUUUAUAAUCGCAGUUAACAAUUUUCGAAUUCAUUUUGAUUUUGUGAAGAAUAUGAAAUUCGUUUAUUUUAAUUGUUAUAUUAUAAUUAAAUUCAUUUUAUUCGAAUUUAUAAAUAAAUAUAACAUAUCGAUUUAAAGCUAAUACUGUCUUACUAUUUUUUUGGCAUCUUUUGUUGCACUCUAAUUUACGAAAGUUUUGCAAUACAAGAAAGAGAUGAAAUAUUUCUUAAAAGUCUCGUUUUAUAAAGACUGUUACGCUUAAAAUAUAAUUGUUCGUUGAUUUGUCACACGCACAAUAAUGCUGAGGCCACACAAGGCGCGAUGUCGCAGAUCGUAUGUGUACUGCCAAUAUGUUCUAGGCUCAAAAUUAAAAGACAUUUAAUGUCUUAAAUAUAGUGAUUAAAUAUAUAUUCAUACAAGUAUUAAUUAAGUUCCUUGUGUAAUCCGAUAUAUUGUAAAAUACAAUUAUGAUUGUUUUUUUAACUUUACAUUUUUAUUCGUCAUAAACUUUUUUUUUUGUAUAAAUUUGUAAGUUGAUUGGAUUAAUUAUUAACCAAUGUGAAAUUAUGUUGUACAUAUAAAAUUAUUUUAAUAAGUUUUUAUUUGUUUUAUUGAUACGGAUAUAAAUAAGAUAUUAACUUAAAUAAAUAAUGACUUGUACUUAAUUUAAAUUAAUUUCGCCUUGUGUGAGCUCAGCUUGUUUGAUUAUAAUUGUAUAGACAAUAGAUUAAAGGAGUGUUUUAAUCAAGAGCUUUGUAAUGUAACAUCACAAACGAACGCAGCAACAGCGAAUGCGUCAAAACGAACAUUGCAGCACAUUCGCGUUCGCCAUUACGAAUUCUGUUACACAUACGAAUGUUCGCCGAUGUAUCUUAACAAUAGUACUGCUCGGAGCAGACAUGUGGCCGUUAAAUAUCGUGUCAUUGGAAUGUACUCUAAUCAACGUAUUCAUAUUUGUCAUAUAUAUAGGCCUCUGCAUCUUUGUCAGAUGAUUUAAGCAAGCCACUCUCCGUGUUGUUUUCCACCUGCAAGACAGGUGAGCGAAGUGUCCUCUUCGUGGAUGCUGCUACGCCUGGGCAGGCGACUUUAUGGCAACACGGGCUUGCCCAGUACCCAUGCCACCCUCUCCUCCUCCCCAGCAGGAUCCGCAGGAAUGACGAGUCAAUACGUGUGGUGCUGGUUUGGCCGCAGGUGACUGGCUUACGCCUAAACGGAGGCACCGCUCCGGGUUUAAUAUUAGUUUUCCUUCUUCUUUGGCGUGACGCUGGGAUAAUUUUGGGAAACAACGUAUCAAGGAGAGGGGGGAGGAUACUGUGAUCACGGAAGAUACAGGAAUGUGACACUAGUAGCUAGAGCAGGCCGGGGUCGCGUACCCGUAGUGAUUCCAACCAGCUAUCGGACAGAUAACUGGUAGAUCCACCCUCUGGACAAAUAUUUGUCAUAAUACAAGAAUAAUCGUAAAUGUGAACGCUCCUCAAUGUUUAGUUCCGCAUUCUCACAGAUAAUAAAUUUUAAUAUAUAGUUGUAAUUCUGUUCAUUUAAGGUUUUUUUUUUAUAUAUUUGAUUUGUAGCUUAUACGAUAUACAUAUAUUAAUGUAAAUAUAUUUUUGUAAAAUGUUACAUAUUUAAUAAUUAAUUACAAUGUUUUAUAAAUUU